UGUAUUUGACAAGGAUCCAAAUGGAGUUGUUUCCACUGCGAGUUCCAACCACCGGACCAGAAAUCUUCUGGAGUUCUCAGCAAGCCAGGAGUCCAACACAGCUCAGAAAAUACCUGGGGACAUCAUUCCCGAGAAGAGUAAUAAGUAUGAACGCUCUGUAUCUGAUAACAAAGCACUGAUGGUAGUCUCCGAAGAACCACUGUUAUAUAUUGCACCACCACCACCCCCCUGUCGGCCUCUGAUCAACCGGACCGAGUCACUCAGGCUGAACCAUGAACUUCGAGGAUGGGUUCACAGACAUGAAGUGGAACGAACAAGAUCUAGAAGGCUGUCAAAUAACCAACAGCAGAAAGCACGGGUUGUGCAGAAUUCCCUCAGUGAGAAGGCAGAUUCCCAGCUAAUGGCCGUGCCUUACACAGACACCAGCCUCAGAAGCGUGGGGAAUGAGCUGCAAGUGUAUUAUGCCUCUCCGAGGAGCUAUCAAGAUUUUUUUGAAGCUAUUCGCAGAAGGGAAGAUACAUUCUACGUCGUGUCAUUUCGCAGAGACCACCUGUUACUGCCAGCCACCACACAUAACAAGACCAGAAGACCAAAGAUGUCUAUAGUGCUGCCAGCUGUAAACAUCAAUGAGAAUGUGAUCAACGGGCAGGACUACGAGGUGAUGAUGCAGAUCGACUGCGAAGUGAUGGACACAAGGAUCCUCCACAUCAAAAGUUCAUCUGUCCCUCCGUACCUCCGAGAGCAGCGCAGAAAUCACACCGACACCUUCUACAGCGCGUCUCCCUCCGUCCCGGAGCCGCCCCACGCUCUGAGGGCUAUUGUCAAAUCGCUGCAGUAG